AUGAGUAAGACUGGUGGAUGGAAUGAUGCUCCCUGCAACAAUCAGAAGUCCUUCUUCUGCUGUGAGGGCGGCUCCUCUGGUCAGUGUUUCUGUGAAGGAUCUGGGAAGACAUGGCAGGAAGCUCAGAGCUACUGCAGAAACCAAGGCAGAGACCUGCCCACCAUUCAAGACCAGGCCAGGGUUAAUAAGCUUAUAGGUCUUAUACCUUCAACUAGUAACUCGGGUCACUGGAUCGGGCUGUAUCAUGACAAGGAGAACUGGCAGUGGUCCAGUGGAGGUGAUGUCAUCUACUCCAACUGGGGACGAUACCUCUUCUGUGCUUCAGUCAAUGCGGAGGGAGAGUGGGAGGAUUCACUCUGCAGUCAGAGUAACUAUUUCAUGUGCUACAGCGAGACCAGCAACAUCACUGAGAGAUACACCCUGAUUGAAGUUCUGAAAACCUGGACUGAAGCUCAGCAGUACUGUAGAGAACACCACACCGACCUCGUCAGUAUAAAGAACGCCGGUGAAAAUGAAGAAAUAGUGAAGAAAGCGCAGGGCAAGCCCUUCUGGAUAGGCCUGUUCAAUGAGCCCUGGAAGUGGUCACACCAGGGGGAUAACUACACAUUUCACAGCUGGAGCAAUGGGGAACCAAACAAUUGGGGAGGGGAUGAGAAGUGUGUGAUGAUGAGUAAGACUGGUGGAUGGAAUGAUGCUCCCUGCAACAAUCAGAAGUCCUUCUUCUGCUGUGAGGAUAAGAUGGCAAUAGCAAGGGUCAAACUAAACGUACCCAAAGGAAUGAAUCUUGAAGACCCCAAAGUGAGUGAAGCCAUUUUAGAGCAGCCAAUGCAAGAGGAGGACAUGCUCUUCAUAGCGGCCUCUGGGGAGGGGGCCUCCUUCUCCUCUGACAUGCAGGUGGGUGAGACUCAUGCUGAGGAAGAACCUUGCUUCGAGGUGGCCUCGGAACUUGCCUCCUUGGAGGGCGCGGAUAAGCUUGGCCUGGCAGGGUUCCCCCCGGUAGACUCCACCAUCGUGGCCGUGGUUAAGGCCCCGUCGGUAGGUGGAUUGGCGAGGGACUCGAUGUGGCCGAACACUCAGUGUAGGGUGACGAACCACCAUAUACAGCAGGGCACAGGCAACUCAGCUGUCUAA